ACAUUCGCAAUCAUAGGGACCUUCAUUGCCUCAAUAGUUACAGGUCUUCUAGUCUACCUUGGUGGGUUAUUAUACAUUAUCUACAGGCUCCCACUGGUUGAGUGUAUGAUGUUUGGCGCUCUUGUGUCAGCAACUGAUCCUGUAACAGUUUUGUCUAUAUUUCAGGAACUUGGCACCGAUACAAAUCUCUAUGCACUGGUUUUUGGAGAAUCAGUUCUAAAUGAUGCUGUGGCUAUAUCCUUGUACAGGACUAUGGCAACUAUGAGGACACACCCUUCUGGACAGAACUUUUUCCUUGUAAUUCUAAGGUUUCUUGAGAAUUUUGUCGGAUCAAUGUCAUCAGGCAUUGGUGUUGGACUCAUUUCUGCUCUCCUCUUCAAGUAUGCAGCACUGGGCGUUGAGAACCUUCAUAAUCUGGAGAGUUGCUUGUUUGUGCUUUUCCCAUACUUCUCGUACAUGCUAGCUGAAGGCAUUGGUCUAUCCGGCAUUGUUUCUAUUCUCUUCACUGGUAUUGUGAUGAAGAGAUACACAUUCUCAAACUUAUCAGAAGAUUCUCAGCGUUUUACAGCUCGCUUUUUUCAUCUUCUUUCAUCACUAGCAGAAGCUUUUGUGUUCAUAUACAUGGGAUUUGAUAUUGCAAUGGAACGUCAAAGCUGGUCACAUAUUGGAUUCAUAUUUUUCUCAAUUAUCUUCAUACUACUUGCAAGGGCUGCAAAUGUCUUCUCUUGUGCAUACAUACUUAAUUUGGCACGACCGCCACAUUGCCAAAUACCUAGGCAAUAUCAGCAGGCUCUUUGGUAUAGUGGGCUUAGAGGAGCUAUGGCUUUUGCCCUCGCUCUUCAGUCUGUUCAUGAUCUUCCUGAUGGACAUGGCGAGACAAUUUUCACUGCUACCACGUCUAUUGUUGUUCUAACUGUACUUCUUAUUGGAGGCUCAACUGGAACGAUGCUUGAAGCCCUAAAAGUAGUUGGAGACAGCAACCGUUAUCAUCAACUGUAUGAAAUGCAGGAGAAUUCUGAUGGCAACGACCCUGGUUACAUGGGACAAAAUUAUGAUGAAGGACCGUCCACUUCAAGCAAAUUCAAAUCGAAACUUAGAGAUCUAAGGAGAAGCACUACAUCUUUUGCUUUAUUGGACAAAAUUUACCUUACUCCCAUUUUCACCUCGCAAAAUGGGGACGGCAAUGAUGACACACCAGAUAACAGUCCCAAUAAAGAAUUGUCGAUAUCUAGAAGUCCUAGUGAUUUGGAGGGGACAUAAGUGAUGGCUGCAGAUAUGAAGUGGUCAUCUUCCAAGAAUCUAUACAGUACCUUUCUCCGUGACCAAAAGUCAGAAAGUGCAAUCAGACAUUUGGGCAGACCUUGAGCUAAAAUUAAGAUAGUUCAACAUAGGAUUAUGUACUAGAGUUAAACAUAUGUGGAAU